AUGGCCUUACUUCCGCCGGAUCCGGUGUUUUGUUUGCGUUCGCCGGACAAUUGUUCGUACUAUUCCCUGUGCUUCCACACACCGGAGCACCUGUACGCUGGCACGAACAAAGGAACUGUCCAGCUGUGGGAGUUACAGACAAACCGUACAUCAUAUCAGCUGAACGUAGGUUCCAGUCCCAUCCUGAACCUUGCCCACUCCACCGAUGCCUUGAUUACUCAGGAAAAGGACGGUUCGGUGAAGCUGUGGACACUUGCCGAUGCCGAAUACCUCUUGCGCCACGAAAUCUCCUCCGAACACGUUGGAUACUGCCGUCUGGCAUACGACGCACAAUCGAGUACUGUGAUAAUACCUCGUGACCGGGCAGCCAUAAGCGUUCUGUGCGCAAAAACCUUCAGCGAAACGAUGCGCUUGUCUCCGACGGCCGACGACGAGAAGUUGUUACCGUACGGUACCGUAAUGUGCUUCCAGCCGAUCGAACUCCAGAGCCAGCGAUAUCUGCUUGCCGGGUACGAGUCGGGAACGCUCGUACUGUGGGACUACCGUACUGGGCGUCCGGUCGGUUCGACCUCCCAUUACAUUACGGAUGACGCCGAUUGUAUUCAAACGAUCGACUACGAUCCGGUCACUAACCGUGGCGUGUGUGGUGGUACCACCGACCAACUGUCCGUAUUUUCUAUCGACCCCAGAUCGCACCAGCUGAUACCGAAGAGUGCAAUCGGAAUAAAAAAUGCCGGUGUACAUCGGUUACGCAUUCGGAAGGAUUUGAAAGUGUUUGUAAGCGCCGGCUGGGAUGGAAGGUUGCGCAUUUUCUCCUGGAAAAGUCUUCGACAAUUGGCCGUACUUACCGUGCACAAGGGCGAACUGUUGGAUGUCGCGUACUCAGAAGCAAAGGUCACCAUGUGGAAUGCUCCGGUGAUGGCUGCCGCCGGAAAAGAUGGACAAAUUUCCCUGUGGGAUCUAUACAAAUAA